AUGGCCAUGAAAGAGUGGUUACAGUGGUUACCACCGCCUCGGUCGCUACUGGCAUUGCUGCUGGCGGUGGCUGGGUUCAGCGGACGCCUCUUUGCUUCACACUUUACGCACUCGCCAACGUUACUCGUUGAUACCUGUCACUCACUGUGUCGACUGGUCGGUCUGAUAACCACCUUAUUAUCUUACAAGUACGAACGGGCUGAUGAAGGUGCCGGGCGAGAAGGACGUCUACGCAACACGUUCGGUUGGGCGAGAAUUGAAGUCGUCGGCCGACUUUCAGUCCACGUGCUCUUCGCCUCGUUUGCUCUAGCCCUGGUUGUCAAUGCUCUACAACUAGGCGUGCACUCCUCACAUGGACAGCCCCCAAGAUACCCCAAGGUCAUUAUUGGCAGCGCCGUCGUUGGGCUCCUUCUACACGCCAUAAACUAUAUGCUUCUAGCAGGCCGUGAGCUCAGCUACAGUCGUCGUCUAAGUGUCACAGAAGGAGGCGGAGUGGUAUUGAAAACAGGAUCCGGUGAACCAGUUCUUGCCCAUGCACCUACUGAUAUUGCCAGUAGUUUAUUCGUGAUGGGCGCCGGUCUGACAGCGGAAUGGGAGCCCGUAGCUGCUCGCAUUGCCGAUCCUGCACUCUCAGCCAGUGCUGCAAUCGUUCUCGUCAUAUUCAACUUUCCUUUCUUACGAUCAGCUGGCUUAGUGCUACUUCAAACAGUUCCUGAAGGUUUAGGCGCCUGCGACUUACGUACUGCAGCUCUACGCGUUGCAGGUGUGCUGGCGAUUCACGAACUCCAUGUGUGGCAAAUGCACAGGGACCGUGUUGUCGCUACCGCACACAUCGUUUACCGAUCCCACGAGGAUUACUUGAAGAGCUCCGGACUAGUUACCGACAUAUUUAAACGGCACGGCAUAAGUCUAGUGACGUUGCAGCCUGAGUUCAUGCUUACUUCUGCGUUAGGUACAGAUGAGGAUAAGAAAGCAUUCAUAGACUUCGCUAAUUUGGGUUGUUCUUGUCCAUGUGCCAAGGAGUGCAUUGCACCGCGAUGUUGCGAGCCGCCGAAAAUACCUACCGUAACUCGUAUAUAG